AUGGUCAGCCCCACCGUGUUCUUCAGCGUCACCAUGAAUGGUGAGCCCUCAGGCUAUGUCUCCUUCGAGCUGUUUGGAGACAAAGUUCCAAAGACAGCAGAAAACGUUCGUGCUCUGAGCACUGGGGAGAAAGGAUUUGGCUAUAAAGGUUCCUGCUUGCGCAGGAUUAUUUCGGGAUUUCUAUACCAGAGCAGUGCCUGUACAUGCCAUAAUGGCACUGGCGGCAAGGCCAUGUACGGGGAGAAACCUGAUGAUGAGAAUUUUAUCCUGAAACACACGGGCCCUGGCAUCUUGUCCACGGCACACGCUGGACCCGACACAAAUGCUUCCCAGGUUUUCAUCUGCUCCGCCAGGACCGAGUGGUUGGAUGGCAAGCAUGUGGCCUCUGGCAAGGUGAAAGACGGCAGGGAUGUUGCAGAAGCCAUGGAGCGCGUUGGGUCCAGGAAUGGCAAGGCCAACAAGAUCAUGAUUGCUGACCGUGGACAAAUCGAAUAA